AUUUCUCAACUCUCUCUCUCUCUCUCUACUCUCUUCUACAAUGGCAACACCUCUGACCUGCUCAGCGGCUGCGCUAGGCCAAUAUCUCGCCGGAGCCACCAACUCAACCGCCGCGGCAGACUACAUAUGUGGUCUCUUUGGUGAAGUACAGAACAAAUUUAAUGAUACAAGUUAUGCCAUCGACACCACAUACCUUCUCUUCUCCGCUUACCUCGUCUUCUCUAUGCAACUUGGUUUCGCCAUGCUCUGCGCUGGUUCCGUACGUGCCAAGAACACUAUGAACAUUAUGCUCACCAACGUCCUCGACGCCGCUGCCGGUGGCCUUUUCUACUAUCUCUUUGGUUAUGCCUUUGCGUUUGGAGAGCCCUCCAAUGGUUUCAUCGGCCGUCACUUCUUCGGCAUGAACACUUUUCCCACCGAAGGCUAUGACUACAGUCACUUCUUGUACCAGUGGGCCUUUGCCAUCGCUGCCGCCGGUAUCACCAGUGGUUCCAUAGCAGAGCGAACCCAAUUCGUCGCUUAUCUUAUAUACUCUGCUUUCCUCACGGGCUUCGUCUACCCGGUUGUCUCUCACUGGAUCUGGUCCACCGAUGGUUGGGCUAGUGCUUUAAACACUGAUAACUUAUUGUUCGGUUCUGGGGUCAUCGAUUUCGCCGGCUCCGGCGUCGUUCACUUGGUCGGAGGGGUUGCAGGUCUUUGGGGAGCACUCAUCGAAGGUCCACGUAUAGGCAGGUUCGACCACGCCGGCCGAUCUGUAGCCUUGCGGGGCCAUAGUGCUUCUCUUGUUGUUCUGGGUACCUUCAUGCUCUGGUUCGGUUGGUAUGGAUUCAACCCAGGUUCGUUUCUGCAAAUCAUGAAGCCUUACAGUAGCGGAACAUACUACGGUCAAUGGAGCGCCGUGGGACGAACGGCUGUGACGACGACCUUGGCAGGUUGUACGGCUGCGCUCACUACAUUGUUUGGGAAACGGUUGAUGACUGGUCACUGGAACGUCAUCGACGUCUGUAAUGGGCUUUUGGGUGGGUUUGCAGCGAUCACCGCCGGUUGCUCUGUUGUAGAGCCAUGGGCAGCGAUUAUUUGUGGGUUCGUGUCCGCUUGGGUCUUGAUUGGUUGCAAUAAACUUGCAGAGAAGUUUAAGUACGAUGACCCACUUGAAGCAGCGCAGUUGCACGGAGGUUGUGGGACGUGGGGGAUCAUAUUCACGGCACUGUUCGCGAGGGAAGCUUACGUUAAUGAGGUUUAUGCGGAAGGAAGGCCUUAUGGGUUGUUCAUGGGUGGUGGUGGAAAGCUAUUGGCUGCUCACAUUAUUCAGAUUCUAGUGAUCGCUGGUUGGGUAAGUGUUACCAUGGGUCCUCUGUUCUAUGUUCUGCAUCGAUUGAAGCUGUUGAGGAUAUCUGCAGAAGACGAAAUGGCCGGAAUGGAUCUGACCAGGCACGGUGGUUUCGCUUACGUGUAUCACGAAGAGGAAGAUCCGAUGUCAAAGCAGGGAUUCAUGUUGAGAAAAGUGGAACCUACCAUUAACAAUGGAUCAUCACAAGUUGUUUGAUUGUCAAAUCAUUUA